ACAGGCUCACUUCAUCAGUAUAGAGAACAUUGUCAUCAUGAUGGUUUCAGUUUUUGUGACAGUUCUUGUGGUAUUUCAAGUCAUUGCUACAUCUGGUGAUCAGAGUGUGGCAGAUGAGAGAAAUCAACAGACAUGUGUGUCUGCUGGUGUUCCAGGAAUACCUGGAUCACCUGGAGCGAACGGAUUACCAGGAAGAGAUGGAAUGAAAGGAGAAAAAGGGAUGAACGGAGAGAAAGGAUCAGUUGGAGACGUCGGCCCACAAGGAUUCAAAGGAGAAGGAAGAAAAGGAGAGAAAGGAGUAAAGGGAGAGAGAGGAUUAGUUGGAGGUGUCGGUGGUAAAGGUAACGCUGGAAAGAUAGGUCCACAAGGUCCACAAGGGAUAAGAGGAGAACAAGGAAGGAAAGGAGAUAAAGGAGAAGCUAUGACACUCAACUGGAAGCAGUGUGUGUGGAAAAGAAGUGAUGGGAAGGACAGUGGUCUGAUUCAGAACUGUAAUUUUAGAAAACAUGACAGCAAUUCAGCUCUACAUAUUGCGUAUGCAGGAACUCUCAGGGUUCUAUGCCAGAGUGAUGCCUGCUGUUCUCGAUGGUAUUUUACAUUCAACGGCAAUGAGUGCAGUGGACCUAUAACUAUUGAGGGAAUUGUGUACGGUGGUCCAGCUAAUGAUGAUCCUCACCGUCACAGACAAAUUGAGGGAUACUGUGAGAACAUUCCAGCAGGUCAGGUCACAGUAGGAUUCAACAUUGGAAACUGUCAAGGAUACUCGAAAAGUAAUGGAAAUACAGGAUGGAAUUCAGUAUCUCGCAUUAUGAUUGCAGAAGUUCCUCCAUCACAAAAGUGACUGAAUUAGAAAGCAAUUAGAACAUGUGUUCAGUAUAGUUUGCAGUGAAUACAGUACGAGUUGCUGAAGUAGGAGGUUUGACGGUGUACGUGCAUGUCUCUCUUUGCCAUAAUAUGUGAGUGUAUGUAUGAUUAAUUCAACACGUAGCUGUCGA